AUGUUGGCGAUGAGGCGAUCCAGGACACGGUCACUGCAGCGAGUGCCAUUCAUUUCGCACGUCUUGUUCGUGGCACUGCUCGUUUUUGGACCAAACCAUUGUCCAACGUUCCUUGCUGGCGCGUUACUCGCUCUGCAUGCCGUGUUUAUGGGCAUCAACCUGAGGUCCGUCUAUGGAGCCUUUUCAGCAUGGAGGGGAGUCAAGAUCCAAUCUUCCAUCGAUUGGCAUUCAAAAUAUUUGGACGACGUGCGGGACAAUGAGACUGCGCUCGCUUUCGAGGACGUGUCGCAUCUGAUCAUCAUCCCGACUUACUGCGAGUCCAUCGAGAUAUUGCGAGAGACGUUGUAUCUUCUCUCGACACAUCGACUUGCAGCGGCGACCUAUCACCCCGUGCUCGCCUUUGAAGCGCGAGAGACCGGAGCCGUGUCCAAGGCUCUGGCUCUUGUCCAAGAGUUCUCGCAUCGUUUCGCCUGCAUUGGAUACACGAUUCACCCAGCGGAUACACCUGGAGAGGCGCGUGGGAAGAGCUCCAACCUCGCAUGGUCAAUACGACAAGCCUGGCAGGAGAUGGAGUCGAGCCCAGUGUUGAAGGGCAAGAUUGACAAAGUCGUCGUGACUUGUAUGGACAGUGAUACUGCACUUGCCGGCGACUACUUCGAAGCUAUCAGCUGCAAAUAUGCCCUUCGCCCGGAGCAGGAGAGGCCCCUUGUAUACUACAUCCCCCCCAUUGCGUUCGACCGGAAUGCGCACGAGGUCCCGUCUGCCGUUCGUCUCACCGAUACAAUGUGGUCAAUAGCCGGCACUAGUGCAAUUUUCCCAGAAUCAACGACAAAGAUUCCGACAUCGGCAUAUUCCUUGUCUCUGAGUCUUCUGGCGAAUGUCGGGUUCCACGAUACCGGCCCGGAAGCGAUUGGCGAGGACAUGCACAUGUACAUCAAAUGUCUGUUCGCGACGGGCGGACGGCUCCUUCCAGAAACCAUCUAUUCCCCAGCGUCGCAACUCGAUGUCGUGUCGUCACACGUCGUCGGUUGGAGAGGGUACUGGAAUGCCCAUGUCGCACGGUAUCAGCAAGCCCUUCGGCAUAUGUGGGGAAGCUUGGAUUCGCUGUACGCUGCAAGAAUGUUGAUGACUGGGGAUUUUGUGGCGCAUCGGCUUGAACCGUCCUUUGUCACUCAAAACACCGUCUUCACAUAUGACUCCUUUGACAACCUUGCGCCUCACCGACUGGGUCGAAGAUUGUCUUUGUUGUUGCCGAUGGAGACGGUCGAAGAAGUCGAUGGGGAGUCCGACUCGGAAGAUCUGUCAGAUUCGACUCCAGACCUUUCGGAUUCUAGCCCUGAAUCCAGACCGACCAUGGCCAGUUCCGCUACUAGUUUGUUCGAGCUCGCUUCACCAUUAAUCGAGACGAAGCCUCAGGCUGAAGUCCCAGAAGAGACCAGUACGCGAUGGUUACCGUUCAUGUCGCUAGCAUUGAGAUUAUACGAGGCUCAUUUCCUGAUGGGUCACAUCGCUCUUCUCGUCGUUCAUCGAGCGCUCUUCCCAGUUCCUGAAAAUUUACAUCCAUUCUUGCAAUGGAGUGUCAAUAUCACCGACCGGUAUCGCGGCAUCAGCCCGAUAUUUCUGCUCAUCGGACUUUUCCUCUAUGAGUUGUACAUCAAUGAGACGGUGACUGGUCGAUGGAAACGAGCAGGCGACCGUUUAGGCAUUCAAUCGACGGAUCAGCGGUCAAAAAGGAUGUUGAGAAGCCUAUUAGAUGUCGCGUUCGUGCCGAUUGCCACCGUGCUGGCAGUUGUUCCCUUAUUUCACGCCCAAUUCUUGCACCUCUUCACGGAACGUUUAGAAUAUAGAGUAUCUCUUAAGCCGAUACGAGAGGCGAUAGAGAUGGUGUGA